AUGUGUUAUAGGUAUCCGAACGUCUUUUCGAUCCUGCUUAGUUCAGUGGAUGUUUGGGCUGACUGUACGGAUGUGACCAGCCCAGCGUUGAAGUUGCUGGCCGAGUUAUGUCAGAAUCGCCAGCAGCGUUUGCAGUUCGAGAUGUCUUCAUGCAGCGCUGUUUUAUUGUUCCGUGAAGUAUCGAAAAUCAUCUGCACUUAUGGUACACGCAUGCUGUCGCUACCUAAAGUCUCUCCGGAAAUUGCGUACAAGCAGCGGUAUAAAAAUAUUGGAGCUAUGUUUUCGGUGCUCAAAGUGGCGUUAGGUGGUUCGUACAUUCCUUUUGGUAUACUGCGCCUCUAUGGCGACUCAUGCCUUCAGGAUGUUUUGGAUUUGUUUAUCAAGUUGUUCACGUACAUAUCAGAGGAUGAUUUUCAAUCGUAUCCGAAAAUUGCACAGAGCUUCCAUGGCGUCUUGGAUUUUAUUGCGGCAGAUAAUUUUUGCUUUUUGUCGCAUGUUAAGCCAGAAGUUUUCACUGCUAUGUUGCGUUAUAUUCAGCGGGGAGCUGUCUCAUUAGACCCGAUUGUGGUAAGUAACAUUUAA